AGCCGCUAGUAAAUUGAAUGAGUCCUGUAUCAGAUUAACCAUACAUUCUAUUAUGUACUGCAUGCAUCGGAGAUACGGGUUAUUUUCUAAAAUUGCCAGGUUUUAAUUUGGGCAUGCGCAAUGGCGGGGGCUUCCAACUGAAUGUUGAAGGUCACCUUGAGUUUCGAGACGCGAGCCGGCCGCCACGGACGGGGCUCCCAGAGACCGCCGCCAACACAACACGCUACGUGACUUUUUCCACGAGCCACAACAAAUCUGCCGACCGGUAAGAUGGCCACGAUCGACAAGCUGUUCACGACGGUGCAACCGAAGAGCGACGACACGGGCAACAAGGUGACGGUGGUGGGCGUGGGCCAGGUGGGCAUGGCCGCCGUCUUCUCCAUGCUCACGCAGGGCGUGACCAACAAUGUGGCGCUCGUGGACGUGAUGGAAGACAAGCUGAAGGGGGAGAUGAUGGACUUGCAGCACGGCUCCGCCUUCAUGAGGAACGCCAAGAUACAGGCCAGCAAGGAUUACUCGAUAUCGGCGGGCUCGAAGAUCUGCAUCGUGACGGCGGGCGUGCGGCAGCGCGAGGGCGAGACCCGCCUCGACCUGGUGCAGCGCAACACCGACGUGCUCAAGCACAUCAUCCCUCCGCUAGUGAAGUACAGCCCGGACGCGAUCUUCCUGAUCGCCAGUAACCCGGUGGACAUCCUGACGUACGUGACUUGGAAGCUGAGCGGGCUGCCCAAGCACCGCGUCAUCGGCUCCGGCACCAACCUGGACUCGGCGCGCUUCCGCUACCUGCUCUCCGAGAAACUCGGCGUCGCCACCACCUCCUGCCACGGGUACAUCAUCGGCGAACACGGGGAUUCCAGCGUUCCGGUUUGGUCCGGCGUGAACAUCGCCGGUGUCCGGCUCAGCGACCUGAACCCGAAGAUCGGCACCGCCGCCGACCCGGAGCACUGGCAGGCCACGCACGGCGCGGUGGUCACGAGCGCCUACGAGGUCAUCAAGCUGAAGGGCUACACGUCGUGGGCCAUCGGCCUCUCGCUCUCGCAGCUGGCUCGCGCCAUCCUCACCAACGCCAUGAGCAUCCACGCCGUUUCUACUUACAUCAAGGGCGAGCAUGGUGUGGAGGAGGAGGUGUUCCUGUCGCUGCCGUGCGUGCUGGGCGGCGGCGGCGUGUGCGACGUGGUGCGCCAGCCGCUCACCGGCGAGGAGGCGGGCGAGCUGCGCAACUCCGCUGCGCUCAUGGCCAAGGUGCAGGCCGGCAUCAACUUCUAAACAUACUACUUACUUGCCAACAAUC